AUGCCUUUACUGUCUGUGAAGCAUUACAACACCGUAUCGGAGCCAGAUAUUUUGAAAAUCAAUCCCGAUGAGAUCGCGCAUUUUAGUGGUCAAUCCAUGCGGGUACGCGAUGACACCGAGUUAACUUCUUCUGAUGAGGAAGAAGUGGAGUUAUUAGAUGGUGAAAUUACGAGGUCUGGGAAACGGUCGUGGUUUCAACAAGAAAGCAGACCUCACACUGCCUCAUCUAACCCCAAAGCUAGUACCAGGUCAAAUGAACAAGGGACAAGACCCAAAAGCUCAUCCCCGUUCAAGCGAAGCCUUAGCGCAUUGUUCAAGAAAGGCGAAGAUUUGGACAGUGACUUUGUUGUUGAUGACCCCACGUCCGUGGCUCCGAGAGAAUCAAACGCUUCAAAAUGUGCCUCGGACAUUACUAUCGACAAUAAUGUCCACUCUUCUCGGUUUUGGAGAUCCUGGAAGAUGCGGCAUCAUCAACAUCAUGAAAAGCCUUCGUUGAACGCCACAGCACCUCUUGACAACCAAGAAGAGAUCGAGAAUGGCCGUAAGAAUGACAUAAAAGCGGCGACGCCAAGUGACAGUGUCCGUGGGUCUAACAAGGCAAGACUUAUGGAAUUGGAAAUUGACGACGAUUUGAUGCAUUUCGAUCGUUUGGCAGCAGGUAAUCGUGCCAAGUCUACCGAGGAUGAGUCUAAUGAGCGGAACGACGACAAGGAAGCUGAAGACUUGCUUUGUGAAAAAUCCGUGAAAAUGUCGUCUCCAUUGACGCCUGUCGACGACGAAGCAUCUUGGGUUAACUCUAAAAAGGCUUUUGAUUUUGGUAGUUAUGAAAACAUCUACCAAACUUCAAAGGCCUACAUGACAGAAUCAUUUGAAUUCGAUUCUCUCCCGUUGCAAAAGAAUUCUCGUACUUAUGUCAAUUUUCUGAGUAUCAUUCAGCUACUUGAUGGAGCGCCGAGUGAAAUCUUGAAUAAGGCAUCACUCCUUGAUUUUUCCGGAUCACUAUUGCAAGUGUUGCAAAAGACGCUUCUUAGUGUUGGUGGUCCGCAAAAUGGUGUCACGCAGGACAAAGUUGUGGAGAGCAAUGUCAAGAAUGAACUUUAUUUGAUGGAGGAGAAAUAUGAACAAGCAAAACAAGAGCUUUGCAACGCCCGACUUGACAUUAACCGUCUAGAGCAAGAGAUGGAUGAAACCCAGGUUUUAUUGAAGAGAAAUAGAAGCCAUGCCUUAUCGUUGGAACAGGUUUUGGAAAAAGAACGAGAAUCAUGGACGGCUUUGGAAAUAGGAUACAAACGCAACAUUGACCAAAAAAUAACUGAAAUCAAAGUCUUAAAUGAGAAACAAACGCAGUUAAUAGCUGGCCAUGCUAUGGAGAAAGACAAUCUGCAAUCGAUGUUAAAUGAAUACAAGCAAGAACUGAAGAAUUCGCAUCAAACGCACGAGAAAUUGGUUGAUGAGUAUGAGCUGCAAACAAAAGAGUUUCGCAUAAUUACCAGCCGUUCUACGACUCUACAAGAGUCAUGUCAACAACAACAGCAACUCGCGGAAAAGGCUACACAAGCGAAUCUUACGUUACAAAAGGAUUUCCAGAGAGAGAGAAACAAAGUCCUGGAUCUUCGUCGUGACAACAGACUGCUCAAAAAACAGACGGAUUUGCUCACUGCACACAAGACCAAUGCGUUGCAAUUCAUGGCACAAAUUAUGAUGUCUUACAAAAAUGUCAUUGACAACCAAACCAUGAAAGAAUACGAUGAGUAUCUCGAAUGGCUCAAUAAAGACCAAUUUUCGGACAUUUCGAUUCUUAAGACCAAGAGAGAACUUUCAGACGCGGAACUCAGUAAACAAUUACAACAGCAGCGUGAUAAAGUUGCCAAAUUCUAUCAUGAUUUUGCUAAAAUAAAAGUUUUAGACCAAGUUUUCUCCAAACACGUAUCCUACAUGCGUUCGAACUCGUUCUUGUCUCAACAACUAAAGGGACUGCGUAAGCAGAUACAGGACAAUGAAGACUACAUUAAGCGUCUUUUGAAAGAUUGCAAGACGCAAAGGACAUUAAUUUCCAAACAACACAGCCGGCUUUUGAACAAGACAUCACCAGAUUCGGCAAGUGCAAACGACAACAACAGUAAAAUAAUACUUAAACCAUAA